AAUAGCAGCCCACAUGAGCAUAUUUACACGGAAUGAAUAUUUCAUGGAAUACCACUUUUAUAACGACUAAGCUUCUCAAAGAGGCUUAGAAUCUAACAAUGGCCAAAGGAAACACCCUGAUGUGAAGAUCGACGUGAUUAAGAUUUGCUACUAGACGUUAACUGUGUAAAAGAUCAUGGCCCAGCCUCAUGUAUUUCUUUUCAUUUUAUCCCUGCUGCUUUUGCUGUCGUUGGUGACAUCAGAGAUGGCCAAAAGAGAAGCCCAUCAGUGUGAGGACCCUUUAGCCGGCACUUGCAAACAAACGUGCGACGAGAAUUGCAAAAUGUCAUGUCCCAGCAUUAACAAACCAUGUGAACAACUUUGUGAGUAUGGCCCGUGUGAUAUGAAGUGCGCGACGAAAGACAGUUGCCUUCAGGAACAGUGGUGCGAAAUGUACGCGCCUCAAACCUGUGGCGUAGUACGCUGCACAUCAACAAACUGUACGCAGAAAUGCGACGACGGCGCGUGCAACUUGACUUGUCGAGUGCGUUCACAAUGUAGGCAGGACUGCAUCGGUGGUUCCUGUCGAGCAUUUUGUAAAGCCAAGGAGAGAUGCGUUCAAAACUGUGUCGAUGGACGCUGUCCAAUGAGGUGUGUCUCGCAUCAGUGCCAACAGUCUUGUCAAGUGGGAGCAUGCUCUUUGAAAUGCAGAACUGGUAAAGAAUGUGAUCAGCAGUGCUCUUCCGACUGCCCGUUGGUGAGCUGCCACAGUAAAGAAGGCUCUUGUAAACAGCUGGGAAACGGUGGGAAGAAGAUGAUAAUACGAGCUAAAACAGUCGGGUACCAGGAAUGCCGUAGUGGUAACUGCCAGCAAAAAUGCACGACAGACAUAAGAUGCUACCAGAAUUGCGGAGGGAGCUGCAAUCAAGAAUGCAACUCUGGCAAAAGCUGUGAACAGUAUUGUACCAUCGAUGGUAACUGUGACCAAACAUGUAGCUCCAACAAAUGCUUGCAGCGAUGUGGUCAAGGCAGAAACUGCAAGAUGACUUGCGGAGCGACGCUGCAAUGUGAGCAGCGAUGCCCUCAAGGUGGCUGUCAAGGGGUCUGCAAUUCACCCUCGUGCUUUCAGCUUUGUGAUUCAGGUAACUGCUCUUUCGAAUGCAAGGGACCUCACUGCCAUCAAAACUGCUCGGGUGGUGGCUGUACCUUGAGUUGCCCCGUGGGCGCCAAAUCGUGUGUUCAGCACUGUCCAGCUCAAAACUGUAGCAUAACAAGAAAGGAAGAUGGGCAUUUUAUGGUUAAAAACACGUCAGACGAUUACGGGAUCCACUUUAACGGAAUAGAAACGAAGACAAACAGUGGCAGUGUUUGGUUACCCUGUUCUUUAAAUUUUAGGAACGUUUUUGCCUUCUAUGCGGUGUGGAUUGUAUCGACUUAUAUAUUGACUUAGAGCAGUUUUCAAAUUAGUGUCGAAAAACCAAAACCAGAGUUAUCCUAGUAACCAGUCAGGACAAAGAUUUACACUGUCAUUAGCCAAUGAGAACUUAAAGUGAAAACAAGUAAACUACUAAAGCGCGGGAAAACGCGAGUGGCCAAGCCGCGGUUAUUUUUAGUUUUUCACCUGAUUGGUCGAGAGGAGAGCGCAAGUUUUCUAGACCACUCUCAGAGCAAAGGCAAGUCUCAGUUUAUUUCGACGCUGAAUUGAAAAUUUCUCUAAUUCGCGCUACUUGCGUAGACCAAAAUGAAACCAGUCUAAAAAGGUGCCCACUAUUUAAGUAUUUUUGUAAAUAUAUAACUGUAGAUAAAUGUUUAAAAUGAAGUCUUUUUGGGGCUUCAAUAUUUUAUAGAGUCCUGAAUAAAACCAACAGUCUUUAAAGAAAUACGAUUACAAGGAACUUUACGACAGCCAAAUCACCUUUCUCAUUAAUGCAUUCAUAAGCACUAUAACAUACAUAGGUUUACAAACAAAACUGGAAAUAAAUUUAUUUCCAAAUGCCACCGUAUAUUGUAAAUAGGGCAUAUGUAUUUAAUAGUAGCAAAAAUAAAUGAUGUUUUAUAAAUACUUAAUGCUAUCAUUGUCUGUGAUAUCUAGUUUAAUUAUAUUUAAUUAGGUGACCUUCUUGUAACCCUGUACAGUUUACAGAUCGUAACUGAUAUAUGUAAAUAGACAGACAGUGUUUAUUGAAUAAAUAUUAUGAUAACCAGAACUAUAA